GCAAGUCCGUACUAAAGUUUCCGUAUUACGUUCAAUUAAUUACUGAUCUUUCUAAAAAAAAGAAAAGGAAAAAUGGGUUGUGCAGCUUCUACUGUGUCUGCCGAUUCCGAAUUUAUCAAUGGCAAACCCACUUUCAAAGGUGAUUCUAUCACCAAGGGCUUUAGUCAUGGCAAUGGUCUUCUCUUCCGUAUUGUAAAUAAAAAGUCGAAGCAGUGGGCGUACUAUAAUGAUACCAAAGAAUAUGAAAUGCACAUAAAAGUGACUUUCAGCAUCGAUUGUGAUAUCACAGCACUUGGGAAGACCAAGCUGGAGAAACUCGACAGUGGCGAAUUCAUGGCAACAGUUGUGGUACUUCCUUUGCAAACUGAACUGUUUAUUGAAGGCCAUGUGAACGGCUUUAAGGCAAGGAUGGAUGCAGUGCCUCUUUCGGAUAACUCGCAAGAUAAAGAUAAAAUUGAAGAAACCCCGAAUCAGGAAACCGUGCAGAAUUAG